AUGGCCCCCACCAAGACUGCUGAGGAGGCGAUAUCCUCGCCGGCUGAGGGGGGUGAAGUGCGAAAUCCAAACGAUGUGUUUUGGGAUGGCGGCCAAGAUCCAUCCAAUCCCAAAAACUGGAGCGCUGUGCGCCGAUGGUGUCACAUUGUUGUCGUUUCACUAUUGACCUUUGUCACAUCGAUGGGCUCGUCGAUGCUGGCUCCUGCAGUGCCAGAUGUGAUGAAAUCACUUCACUCCGACAAUGCUGAGCUGCAAUCCUUUGUCGUAUCUAUAUAUGUCAUUGGGUUUGUCGUCGGCCCACUGGUGGUGGCGCCGCUGUCCGAGCUGUUCGGCCGCGCGAUCGUUUACCACGUGUCAAACGUGGUGUUCCUUGGGGCGACCAUCGGAUGCGCCCUCAGCACCAAUGUGGGCAUGUUCCUUGCCUUUCGGUUGCUCUGCGGCUGUGCUGGAGCCGCGCCCUUGGCUCUUGGAGGAGGUUCCAUCAGCGAUAUUAUGGAACCGGAGAGAAUGGGCACUGCGAUGGCAGUCUGGGGUUUGGGGUCAUUGGUGCCACCGGUUUUCUCUCCCAUCGCAGGCGGCUACCUUAGUGAAGACAUAGGGUGGAGAUGGAUCUUUUGGGUGAUUGCGAUACCGAUGGGAAUCCUCACGAUAAUGUCACUGUUUGUUCUCCAGGAGACCUACGCCCCGGUGCUGCUCGCACACAAAGCGAAACGUCUGCGCAAGGAGACCGGUAACCUGGAGCUGAGGUCACGACUGGACCAACAGCAACUCUCCCAGCAGGAAGUUGUCAUCGGAACCCUCGUGCGGCCACUCAGAAUCCUAUUGACGUCGCCCAUUGUGAUGCUACUCGCAAUUGACGUGGCCAUAGUCUACGGCUACCAGUACCUUGUCUUCACCACACUAUCAUACAUUUUCCAGGACCAGUACCACCUGUCAACUGGUCUCUCCGGACUAGUCUACCUAGGCAAUGGCAUUGGAACGAUUCUAGGCAUCUUCAUAAUCGGCCACGCAUCCGACAAAGUCACCGAGCAUAGGAAGAAAAAGGCAUCCGAUCCAGAUGAACCCCUUCCGCCCGAAGGCUGGCUCUGGCCCAUGCUUCCAGCGGGCAUGCUAGUCCCCGCUGGGCUAUUCUGGUACGGCUGGUCUUUGCAAAGCAACGCAUUCGUCGUCGUACCGCUGGUAGGGCUAGGCGUGUUCGGCUUUGGCAUGAUGGGUAUCUUCCAGCCGGUGCAAAUCUACGUGGUCAACGCGUUUGGGAAACAUGCUGCCUCUGCUAUGGCGGCGACGGCCGUGCUGCGAAGCCUGGUGGGCGCUCUACUGCCGUUGGGAGGCCAGAGGAUGUAUGAUGCGCUUGGGAUGGGAUGGGGGAACAGCCUACUGGCUUUUAUUGCGUUGGGACUCAUGCCUGUUCCAUUUCUGUUGAUGAAGUAUGGGGCGCGUCUGAGACAGUGGGACUCGAAUCUCAGGUAA